CUUUAGGCGGUUUCCUAGAAACAUGAUUGCUUGCUGGUCUUGAUCUCACAGCUUUGUGAAGACUUCUUCUCUGAUAAUGUCAAGUUCAGGCUACCCUCCUAACCAAGGAGCAUUCAGCACAGAACAGAGUCGUUACCCUACUCACUCUGUCCAGUACACCUUCCCUAGCACCCGACACCAGCAGGAAUUUGCAGUACCCGAUUAUCGAUCGUCUCACCUGGAAGUCAGUCAGGCAACCCAGCUCUUGCAGCAGCAGCAGCAGCAACAGCAGCAGCAACUGCGGCGCAGGCCUUCCUUGCUUUCUGAAUUUCACCCAGGCUCUGACAGGCCUCAGGAAAGGAGAACUGGAUAUGAACAGCAAUUUCAUCCAGGUCCAUCUCAGGCAGAUCAUGAUUCACUGGAAUCGAAGCGACCACGUCUUGAACAAGUCUCUGAUGCCCAUUUUCAGCGGGUCAGUGCAGCUACUGUCUUGCCUUUAGUACAUCCUCUGCAGGAAGGGUUGAGAUCUGCGGAUGUUAAGAAGGAACCGGCCUUUGGAGGCAAGCAUGAGGGACCAUCUUCUCCAAUUUCUGGUCAGCCUUGUGGGGAGGACCAAAAUGCUUCACCUUCAAAGCUGUCAAAGGAAGAAUUGAUACAGAGCAUGGACCGUGUAGAUCGCGAGAUUGCGAAAGUUGAACAGCAAAUCCUCAAACUGAAGAAGAAGCAACAACAACUUGAAGAAGAAGCUGCUAAGCCUCCAGAGCCAGAGAGGCCUGUCUCCCCUCCUCCAGUGGAACAGAAACACCGCAGUAUUGUCCAAAUUAUUUACGAUGAAAAUCGGAAAAAAGCAGAAGAAGCUCACAAGAUUUUUGAAGGUCUUGGUCCGAAAGUCGAACUGCCACUUUAUAACCAACCAUCAGACACAAAGGUCUACCAUGAGAACAUCAAAACAAACCAGGUGAUGAGGAAAAAGCUAAUACUCUUCUUUAAAAGAAGAAAUCAUGCAAGAAAACAACGGGAACAGAAAAUCUGUCAGCGUUAUGAUCAGCUGAUGGAGGCAUGGGAGAAAAAAGUUGACAGGAUAGAAAAUAAUCCACGCAGGAAAGCCAAGGAGAGCAAAACAAGGGAGUACUAUGAAAAACAAUUUCCAGAAAUCCGGAAGCAAAGAGAACAGCAAGAACGAUUCCAAAGAGUUGGUCAAAGAGGGGCUGGACUUUCAGCAACUAUUGCUAGAAGCGAGCACGAGAUUUCUGAAAUCAUUGAUGGACUCUCUGAGCAGGAGAAUAAUGAAAAACAAAUGCGUCAGCUCUCUGUCAUUCCUCCCAUGAUGUUUGAUGCAGAACAAAGACGAGUGAAGUUUAUUAAUAUGAAUGGUCUGAUGGAGGAUCCCAUGAAAGUUUAUAAAGACAGACAGUUCAUGAAUGUCUGGACCGACCAUGAGAAAGAGAUUUUUAAGGAAAAGUUUGUCCAACAUCCCAAGAACUUUGGUCUAAUUGCUUCCUACCUGGAACGAAAGAAUGUUCCUGACUGUGUAUUAUAUUAUUAUUUGACCAAGAAAAAUGAAAAUUAUAAAGCCCUCGUGCGAAGGAAUUAUGGGAAACGCAGAGGAAGAAACCAGCAACAAAUUGCUCGUCCUUCUCAAGAGGAAAAGGUAGAAGAAAAGGUAGAAGAGGAAAAAGCAGAAAAAGCAGAGAAAAAAGAGGAGGAAAAGAAAGAUGAGGAGGAAAAGGAUGAGAAGGAGGAAUCUAAAGAGAAUACCAAAGAAAAGGACAAAACUGAAGUUGCACCAGAGGAAACAGAGGAAAGGGAGCAGGCCACUCCUAGGGGCCGAAAAACUGCCAAUAGUCAAGGUCGUCGCAAGGGCAGAAUCACCAGAUCGAUGACAAAUGAAGCAGCACAGGCAAAUGCUGCUGCAGCUGCAGCCACUGAAGAACCACCACCGCCUCUUCCACCCCCACCAGAACCUUCUUCUACAGAGCCUGUGGAGACAUCCCGCUGGACAGAAGAAGAAAUGGAAGUUGCUAAGAAAGGCCUAGUGGAACAUGGACGAAACUGGGCAGCAAUUGCCAAAAUGGUUGGGACGAAAAGUGAAGCUCAGUGCAAGAACUUCUACUUCAACUAUAAAAGGAGACACAAUCUGGACAGCCUUCUCCAACAGCACAAACAGAAGUCUUCGCGAAGGCCCCGUGAGGAACGAGAUGUGUCGCAGUGUGAGAGCGUAGCUUCGACUGUGUCGGCUCAGGAGGAUGAAGAUAUUGAAGCAUCUAAUGAAGAAGAGAAUCCAGAAGACAGUGAAGCAGAACCUGCUAAGCCAAGUGAAGAAACUCCACCUGAGAGCGCUGCUUCGAAAGUAACCACUGAGGCGACAGCAGAGCAAGAAUCUACCAUUAAACCUGCCACCAGCAUGUCUCCCUCCUUAACAACCCAAAAUGUAUCAACAGCUGAAAGUCAGAACCCUGAGCCACAGGUUAAGGAAGAAAUAAACAAUGAGGCAGAGGAACCUAUGGAGGUUGACAGUAGAAGCCAUCCAGUUGAAGCUAAGCCUGUGAUUACUCUUCCAGUGCAUACCAAAGUAGAACCUGUAGAGACUGAAAUGAGGCUACCAGAGAAUAUUCAAGUGAAAAUAGAGAGUGAUGCCAAAGAGAGAGAGAUGGAGAAACCCAAGGAAAAGUCAGAACCGGAGGAAAUGGACUACAGUCUGUCACAGCAAGUUAAUACAGCAAGACAAGAAUCCCACUCAGAUAAUGAUUCAAGUGCCACCUGUAGUGCUGAUGAGGAGGUUGAUGGAGAGCCUGAGAGACAAGGUAUCUUCAGCAGGGAGUCGAAGCCCUCACUAUUAAAUCCCACUGGGUCAAUACUGGUAUCAUCCACAAUAAAGCAAGGGCCGAUGGACCUGCAACAGCUUCACCACCGAGCUGCUGUCAUACCACCUAUGGUUUCUUGCAGUCCCUGUACUGUUCCUGUUGGAACACCAGUGAGUGGUUAUGCGCUCUAUCAACGGCACAUUAAGGCCAUGCAUGAGUCGGCACUGUUGGAGGAGCAGCGCCAGAGGCAAGAGCAGCUGGAUAUGGAGUAUCGAAGUGCUGUAAGCCCUUGUGGUACUUCCAAGAGCCCUAAUGUUGAGUGGGAAGUUCUCCAGCCAGCACCUCACCAAGUAAUAACCAAUAUACCUGAAGGAGUCCGCCUGCCAACAACCAGACCCACCAGACCACCACCACCUCUCAUUCCAUCCUCCAAAACAAGUGUGCCAGCAGAAAAACCUUCCUUCAUCAUGGGAGGCUCAAUCUCACAAGGAACACCUGGCACUUACUUAACAUCCCAUAGUCAAGCUUCCUACACGCAAGAAACUGCAAAGCCAUCAGUGGGUUCUAUAUCUCUUGGGCUGCCAAGGCAGCAGGAGUCAGCCAAAUCUGCUUCCCUGCCCUAUAUCAAACAAGAAGAAUUCUCUCCUAGAAGUCAGAAUUCCCAACCCGAGGGACUCCUGGUCAGGGCACAACAUGAAAGUGUGGUUCGAGGUACCGCAACGAUACAGGAGGGCAGUAUAACACGAGGGACUCCCACCAAUAAAGUUUCUGUUGAGACCAUUCCUUCUUUGAGAGGCUCCAUAACUCAGGGUACACCAGCUCUGUCCCAGUCUGGCAUAGCAGCUGAUGCCUUACUGAAGGGAACUAUCACCCGGCUAGCUACAGAAGACAGUAGCCCAGAGAAAUGCCGAGAGGAAGCUUCAGCCAAAGGCCAUGUUAUUUAUGAAGGCAAAAGUGGGCAUAUUUUAUCCUAUGAUACUAUUAAAAACGUUCGUGAAGGAACAAGGAGUCCAAGAACCGCUCAUGAAAUUGGUUUGAAGAGAAGCUACGAUACAAUGGAAGGAAAUAUAAAGCAAGGAAUGUCAAUGCGGGAUUCUCCAGUGUCUGCACCGCUGGAAGGUUUAAUAUGCCGAGCACUGCCUCGGGGUAGCCCACAUGCUGAACUGAAAGAGAGAACAGUGUUGUCUGGCUCUAUAAUGCAAGGCACACCGAGAGCAACAGCUGAAAGUUUUGAAGAAGGCUUGAAAUACCCUAAACAGAUUAAGAGAGAGUCACCUCCCAUAAGGACAUUUGAAGGAGCCAUUACUAAGGGGAAACCAUAUGAUGGAGUCACUACUAUAAAAGAAAUGGGUCGUUCCAUCCAUGAGAUCCCAAGGCAGGACCUGUUAAGCCAGGAGAGUCGCAAGACUCCUGAAAUGGUGCAGACGACCAGGCCAAUCAUAGAAGGCUCCAUAUCUCAGGGCACACCCAUAAAAUAUGAAAGCAACUCUGGCCAGUCUGCCAUUAAACACAAUGUAAAAUCUUUAAUCACUGGACCAAGCAAACUACCCCGUGGAAUGCCUCAGCUGGAAAUGGUGCCAGAAAACGUGAAGGUGGUGGAGCGAGGAAAAUAUGAAGAUGUGAAGACCGGGGAUGCAGUACGUUCCCGUCACACAUCAGUAGUCAGCUCUGGUCCCUCUGUUCUCAGGUCAACUCUUCAUGAAACUCCCAAAUCACAGCUGAGCCCUGGGAUUUAUGAUGAUACGAAUGCUCGGAGAACACCUGUGAGCUAUCAGAGCCCAAUGUCCAGGAGUUCACCUAUGAUGAAUAGAGUUAGCGAGGCUGGAAUAUCUUCUGGGAAGCCAGCAAAUCACGAAAGGAAAAACACACUCACUCCGACACAGAGGGAGAGCGUGCCAGCAAAAUCUCCAGUGCCAGGGGUUGAUCCUGUAGUGACUCACAGUCCUUUUGAUCCUCAUCACAGAGGAGCAACUCCUGAAGUCUAUAGGAGUCACCUCCCUCCUCAUUUAGAUCCCGCUAUGCCAUUUCACAGGGCUCUGGAUCCUGCUGCUGCUGCUUACCUGUUCCAAAGGCAGCUCUCGCCCACCCCAGGCUACCCAAGUCAGUAUCAGCUUUACGCAAUGGAGAAUACACGCCAGACAAUCCUAAACGACUACAUUACCUCACAGCAGAUGCAAGUCAAUUUACGUCCGGAUGUAACGAGAGGAUUAUCUCCUAGAGAGCAAACUUUAGCUCUCCCGUAUGCAGGAGCAAGAGGAAUUAUUGACCUCAACAACAUGGCUCCCACUAUCUUAGUGCCUCAUCCUGGAGGCACAAGCACACCACCCAUGGAGAGAAUCACCUAUAUCCCUGGUACCCAGCUUACAUUCCCUCCCAGGCCUUACAAUCCUGCUUCUCUGUCACCAGGACACCCUACACACCUGGCAGCUUCUGCAGCUGCAAAUGCUGAAAGGGAACGGGAAAGGGAGAGGGAGAAGGAACGGGAAAGGGAGAGGGAACGUGAGCGAGAGCGGGAAAGAGAACGUACAGAGCAGCCUGGCAGACCUGGCAGUCAUGGAUAUGUUCGGUCCCCAUCCCCUUCGGUUAGAAGCCAGGAAAACAUACUGCAGCAAAGGCCUAGUAUUUUUCAAGGAACCAAUGGGACAAGUGUAAUCACACCUUUGGAUCCUGCUGCUCAGCUACGUAUCAUGCAGCUCACCCCUGGAGCUCCCUCAAUUACUCAGGGGUUGCCCGCUUCCCGCUACAAUACUGCUGCUGAUGCCCUCGCAGCACUAGUAGAUGCUGCAGCCUCUGCUCCUCAGAUGGAAGUUGCCAAAGCAAAAGAGAACAAGCAUGAAGGAACCAGGAUAGAAGAGAAUAUGGGGCGCCGGCCAGCUGUGGUUACUGAACAGCAGCAGAUGGAACAGAAAACACUGGAGGUAGAAAAGAGGCCUGUCCAGUGCCCCUAUACAUCUGCAAAUUUUUCUGGUGGCAAGGCCCAGGGACAGUCUUCAUCGGUAGUCUAUUCAGAGGCUGGUAAAGAGAAAGGACCUCCUCCUAAAUCCAGGUACGAGGAAGAGCUGAGAACUCGAGGAAAGACCACAAUUACUGCUGCUAACUUCAUAGAUGUGAUCAUCACUCGACAGAUUGCUUCAGACAAGGAUGCACGAGAUAGGGGCUCUCAAAGUUCAGAUUCUUCCAGUAGUUUGUCCUCCCACCGGUAUGAAGCUCCUGGAGAUGCCAUUGAGGUGAUUAGCCCUGCAAAUUCACCUGUACCUACUCAAGAAAAGCUACAGCCCUACCAACAAGAGACACCUAAACCAAGCCAGGCAGAGAGUGACCCAAACAGGCAAUAUGAGGGGCAGAUUCACCGCUACAGGACACAACAGGAACCCCCUUCACCCCAACAACCUCCACCUCCCUCUUCCCAAGCAGAAGGGAUGGCACAUGUGCCCAGGACCCAUCGACUUAUCACCCUUGCCGAUCAUAUCUGUCAAAUUAUUACACAAGACUUUGCUAGAAACCAAGCAGCUUCUCAGGCCUCUUUGCAGCCUCCCACCACUACAUUCCAGAAUUCCACACCUGCUCCAACGCCUGUUUCUACCCGGGCAAAGACAUCGAAUCGCUACAGCCCCGAGUCGCAGUCGCAGUCUGUCCACCAUCAGCGGCCAGGUGCCAGAGUGUCACCUGAAAAUCUGUCUGACAAGUCCAGGGGAAGACCUGGAAAGUCUCCAGAGAGGAGUCAUGUCUCUUCAGAGCCCUAUGAGCCAAUCUCGCCACCUCAGGUCCCGGUUGUACAUGAGAAACAGGAAAACGUUCUUCUGCUUUCCCAAAGAACUGAGCCUACUGAACAGAGGACUGACUCUCGCUCUCCAGGUAGCAUAAGCUACCUGCCUUCGUUUUUCACCAAACUUGAGAACACUUCACCAAUGGUAAAAUCCAAGAAACAGGAGAUCUUUCGAAAGCUGAACUCAUCUGGUGGAGGUGACUCCGACAUGGCAACUGCUCAGCCAGGGACUGAAAUAUUCAAUUUGCCAGCAGUCACUACCUCAGGUGCAGUCAGUUCUAGGGGUCAUUCCUUUGCAGAUCCUGCCAGUAAUUUGGGUCUGGAAGACAUUAUUAGGAAAGCAUUGAUGGGAAACUUUGAUGACAAGAGUGAGGAACAUGGAGUUGUAAUGUCACAGUCCAUUGCGGUAGCCCCUGGCAGUUCCAGUGCUGCAGUCUCAGCGAGCAACGAGCCGCGUAGGGAAGAAGCUAAUCCAUCACCAAAUUCAGGGGGAGUCAGCAAGCAGAAGCUAAUCGGCAAGUCAAACAAUAGGAAGUCUAAGUCUCCGAUUCCUGGCCAGGCAUAUUUGGGAACUGAAAGACCUUCUUCCGUCUCAUCUGUACAUUCAGAAGGAGACUACCACAGACAGACUCCAGUGUGGGCCUGGGAAGACAGGCCUUCAUCAACAGGUUCAACACAGUUUCCUUACAACCCGCUGACGAUGAGGAUGCUCAGCAGUACACCGCCGACAUCCAUUGCGUGUGCCCCACCGUCCAUGAGCCAAGCAACCACUCACCAACAGAACAGGAUAUGGGAGCGAGAGCCUGCACCACUGCUUUCAGCACAAUAUGAGACUCUGUCUGACAGUGAUGACUGAACUAUGCAGCUUUUUGGGGUUUUUUUAAUUUGCGGGUCAAAAAAAAAAAAAAAUCUAUUUUUGACUUGUGCCCAUUGAGACUUUCCAAGAGAGCAAGGGCCACACAAUGAAGAAUUGAUGGAGAGUCCAUUAAAUGCCUUCUGCACAGCCCGUGCGUUGGAGGAUUGUGAUCAAGAAGGUUGACUUACUAAAGAUAAAUAUGUAAAGAGUUUUUAAAAAUGUGGACUAUUCCUGUUCUACAUCUAUUUGUAAAGAAAACCAUAAUGUCUUUAAAUCAUUCUUCUGUAAAUAGAGAGUACUUUUUGCAGUGUUUUUUCCCUUGCUAUAGUAUCUGGUGUACUUAUGUUCAAAUCAUUGCCUAAACUUUGGGGGUCAUUUUGUAAUUUUUUUUUUUUUUAAGCAUUUUCUCCAGUGUAGAGUCCUCUUCAUAACCCUAGCCUCCCUACCAGCCUAACCAUAACCCUAGCAUCGUUACCCAUUUAAUGCCGUGCCACUUCUUGCAGGCAUUGUGCUUUUAUAUCAUUUUUUUUUUCCCCUAGACACACUUUCUCAGUGGUGUUCAAGCUCUUGUGAAAAUGUUGAUUUUUUAAGACUGACCCCUUAAUGAAUUCUGUACAUUAACAUAGUCCGGUUCGCUGGAAUAAGAUGAUAUAUUUCUUUGAAUUUUAAAUUCUGCCACAUUGUAAAU